GCGUCACGCGUAACAUGUUCCUGGAUCAAAAUCCAUCAAAUCUGGAUUCAGUAGACUAGUUUGGUGAUUUCAAGUUAGGCCUAUAAGUGCUCAGCCAGUCACAAUUAUGUGAUUUAAUCACAUUCUCCUAUCUCUCAUAACAAUUUUGUUUUAUUAAGAGAAAAUGUUUUGGAGGUAAAUGGUUAAUUGACAGGAGCCGCACGUGAUUGAUUUUUGGGCGUAUUGAAUCAGACCGCUGUCUCCCUCUCUCCCUCUCCCAGUUUACGGGUCGUUGUUUCUGAUCCUCUAAAUCCCACCCACUUGAAAUGAAGAGGUGGAAAAAAAUCGCCAUCUCUCUUGCUUAUACACUAACUUGUCCCCUGUUAUUAGCAUCCUGGUUCACUAUUCUCGUGAUCGGGCCGGGGUGAUGGAGACUGAGAGUUGUCUGUCUUUCUCCUCGCCUUCAAACAGGAUCACGCCAGAGAAUUCACCGGGUUUGGAGCAUAAUUCUGGCGCGUUCUUUCAUUGUGACGACCACCAAAAGUCUCCGCACCUUCCUCUAGCGCAUCGACAUGAGUUUUUUAUGGGACGCUACACAGACGGCGGCUCCGCGGACUUUACGCACGGCGUCAGCGCAACAACUCCCCGCGCAUCGCCUGGAAAACAUACGAAGUAUUUGGAGAAUAUGAACCAGGACCAAAAACCUUCGAUCACUGAGAAGAACUCGUCAUUUUAUGAGACUAAUUCUGACGCAGGAGAUAAGACCAUACCCAAGACUCUUGCAUAUCCUGCUCUAGACUCGGAGUGUUGUGGAAAACUGAAAGAGCCGUCCAAUGGGUUGCCUGGAGACUCCAUCGCUGACUCCAUCGACCUGUCAGGCAAGAACAAGAAGCGGAGGAACCGGACAACCUUCAGCACCUUUCAGCUAGAGGAGCUGGAGAAGGUCUUUCAGAAGACACAUUACCCAGAUGUGUAUGCACGGGAACAGCUGGCACUGAGGACGGAGCUCACGGAGGCAAGAGUGCAGGUGUGGUUCCAAAACAGACGGGCCAAAUGGAGGAAAAGAGAGCGUUACGGGAAGAUGCAAGAGGUGCGAAACCACUUUGCUGCUACAUAUGAUAUCUCCCUUCUCCCUCGCUCCGACUCAUACCAGAUGCAAAAUAACCUGUGGCCAAGCAGUGCGGGAACAGGAGGUGCCGGCGGGGCGGCCAGUGGUUGUGUUCUGGGAGCAGAGAACAUGGCGUCGUCCUGUAUGAGCCCUUACCCCCAUCCUCACGGCAACCUGCCCGGGCUCAUGGGUAUGUCUGCGUCUCCAGGCCAUCCUCAUCAUCAUCAUCAUCAUCAUCAUCACCCACCCCACCACCCUAGCAUUAAUGGGAUAUACUCACUCCAUGGCUUCCCAGGAAGCCUGGGGGCCCAUUCCUUUGAGCCCGGACCAGAGUCUGAAUACAAGCCCUCAGGCCUGGUGGCCCUGCGCAUGAAAACCAAAGACCCCGGGAGCCUGUUAUCCUGGCCGACAUGACCGUGCAGCUGCAACUGGGAUUGUGAUGACAUCACUGAGCCAGCAAACAGUUAGCAUGCCUGCACACAACUGAAAUACUUUUUUAAUGCUCAAUGUACACAUCUGUUUUUUGUUUGCAGGCUUUGAGAUGUUUUCACUGCAAAGAUACAUUUGACGUUUUAAUUUUUUUUUCUUGAUCUGUUUCCCUAUGGAAGCAUCUCAUUUGUUUGUGUGCUUGUUGAAAUUCUAUGAGCUUUGCACACAACUUGCCAAAAUAUAAAAUUACCAAAGAGGAUGUGCAACCUUUUUUAUUUAAGUAUGUUAAAGUUACUCUCAUAGUUUCAGUGUAUGCAGUGGUUUAGCCCCAUUAUGUAUAUAUGUAGUCCCAGUCAAUAAAUGAUUUUACAUUUUCUGACUUUGUGCAUUCAAAUAUGUCACCACUAAAAACAGCAAAUACAUACGUGCUUCUGGUAAACCAUAGCAGGAAUGAACUAUCACUGCAUAUAGAUUACAUUUUUUGUUACUAAGUGUUUAUGGAUUGCUUAUUUUAAUUAGGGAUGCAUGAUAUUUUGGAAUCAUAUUGCCUGAUAUAAUGGUUUGCUUUUUUAUUAAACGUCUUUGGUCAGUAUUAAAUAUAAACUUGUACAAGCUCAUUUCUCAAAUUUUUACAUUUAGAUUAACUUAGGUAUUAUCUAACACUCAAUUAAAGUCACUUUUUAAAAACACUAAAAAACUUAAUAACAAUGCUAAAUGUAAUUUUUAGAAUGCCCAGACACUUUGUGCAUUCAAAAUAAUUUAUGUGUUUGUUGUUUUAUUCUUUCUUUUAUUUAUAUAGAAUUUAAAAAAUGUACAUUUAAAACCAUCAUCCUAGUAAAAAAUUUUGGUAUUCUACAUGAAUUUAAAUAUUCAUGCAUCCCUAAUUCUAAUCUUGAAUAAUUUACGGAAUUUGUGGUUUUACUAUAACAUAGAUAAUUGUACAGGUUCAGGCAACUUUGGGAUCCAUAUGAACAUCUCAUAAAAUUCUAAUACAACAAAAAAUAUUUUGUGUGCCGAUUUCUUAAGGCUAGUAUACUUACAAGCAAGGUGAAAUGUGUUUUUGUUUUUUGUUUUACUUGAGAGAGAGCAUGGCUGUCUAAUGAGUAAUUUUUAAUAUUUUGGUGUGGGCUGGCUGUCAAAUGUCACCUGAAACACCAGCAGCAUGUGACAGCCCUGCUAAUACAAAACCAACUAAGUGACCACAAACAUCUCACUCUCAGAAUGAUGACAGAUCCAAGGUUUUUUUUUUUUUUUUCUGUCAUACCAAUCAGUCUUAGUUCUGGGGUCUGACAGCUGGACAGAACCACAAAGAAUCAUGAAUUAUGAAUCAACUUACAUGUUAUGCUACUGUUUAAUUCAAGGGUCUUUGAUAAAAAUCUAAAUACUAAUGUGACAAGCAAAGCA